ACGAUCGGGUUUGUGGUGCGACGCAACCUGUGAAAUAUUUCACACGCUUAGGAUAGGAUGUUGCUCGCUAACUGCAGUGCACAAAAAGACGAAAAGAGAGACCUGCGGUGCAACCAGAAACUUCAGAAUGACAGUUAAAGUAGCAAGCUGCAGUCUGGAGGAAGGUGUCUAGCCAUGCGCUGUUUUGUGAUGCCAAUGGACAUGUUUUUGACCUGACAAAGUUUUGGUUUAUAUUCCUCUUUUGCGCAAAAACGGGAUUAUCCUCUUUUACGAACUUAAGCGUCGAUCACAGUGGAAGAAAUCAACCAGAGGCUAACGAUUGGAAUACGUAAUAAUGGCGACACAAAAUGACUGCUGUGUCAAGGUUUGCUUAAGGAUCCGGCCGCAGAUGGCCAAGGAGAAGAUCGAGGGCUGCCACGUCUGCACGUCGGUGACCCCCGGGGAGCCCCAGGUGCUGCUGGGAAAGGACAAGCCCUUCACCUACGACUUCGUGUUCGACACGGAGGCGCAGCAGCACCAGAUCUACUCUGCGUGUGUACACAGGCUGAUCGAGGGCUGCUUCGAAGGAUACAACGCCACUGUGUUCGCCUACGGCCAGACUGGCUCUGGGAAGACCUACACCAUGGGCACAGGGUUUGGUGUGAGCGUGUCGGAGGAGGAGAGGGGCAUCGUCCCGCGGGCUGUGCACCAGUUGUUCCAGGGCAUCGAGAGACGGCGGGCGGAGGGAGGGGCGGCGCGCCCCCCCGAAUUUAAAGUCACUGCUCAGUUUCUGGAGCUUUACAACGAGGAGAUCCUGGACCUGUUCAACGAGUCACGGGACCCGGACGCUCGAGACAGGAAGUCGAACAUCAAGAUCCACGAGGAUGCCAGCGGAAGCAUCUAUACCAGCGGGGUGACCUCUCGCCUAGUCAGCUCGGAGGAGGAGCUGCUGCACUGUCUGAAGCUGGGGGCGCUCUCGCGCACCACCGCCAGCACCCAGAUGAACGCCCAGAGCUCGCGCUCGCACGCCAUCUUCACCAUCCACGUCUGCCAGAUGAGGAUGUGCCACCAGGGGGAGCCGAUGAACGGGGAGGGGGACGGGGAGUCGGAGUACGAGACGCUGACCGCCAAGUUCCAUUUUGUGGACCUCGCGGGGUCGGAGCGGCUGAAGCGCACUGGGGCGACCGGGGACCGCGCCCGCGAGGGGAUCUCCAUCAACUGCGGCCUGCUCGCCCUAGGGAAUGUUAUCAGUGCCCUGGGGGACCAGAGUAAGAAAAGCAGCCAUGUGCCCUACAGAGACUCCAAACUCACCCGCCUACUGCAGGACUCACUGGGGGGAAACAGCCGCACCCUGAUGAUCGCCUGCGUCAGCCCCUCGGACCGGGACUUCAUGGAGACGCUGAACACGCUGAAGUACGCCAACCGCGCGCGCAACAUCAAGAACAAGGUGGUGGUGAACCAGGACAAGAGCAGCCAGCAGAUCAGCGCCCUGCGUGCCGAGGUCGCUCGUCUGCAGCUGGAGAUCACCGAGUACAGAACGGGGAAGCGGGUGAUGGGGGAGGACGGGUCAGAGGGCUUCAGUGACCUGUACCAGGAGAACUCUCUGCUGCACAAGGAGAACGACUCGCUCAGGAUGCGUCUGAAGGCCCUGCAGGGGACCAUCGACGCCCUCAACGGCCGAGCCGCCCUGCUGCUGUCCAACCAGGCCAGCGCGCUGCUGGGCCAGUCCGGUGAAGGAAAUGAAGAAAUUGGGUGCCUCGUCCAGAAGUAUAUCCUAGAGAUUGAAGAAAUCAGGUCCAAGCUGCUGGAGAGCGAGGCCAUGAACGAGUCUCUGCGACGCGGUCUGUCCCGCCUCUCUGCCCGCCCCCCGCCGGGCUCCUCCCCCGCCGUCGGCAUGGAAACUGAGACCGCGGACCUGAUUCGCUGGGCCAGGCAGGACGUGGAGCAGCUGCGGAAGAAGGAGAGGAAGCAGCGAAGGAAGAGCCCAGAGAAGGAGAAAGGUCUGAAGAAGAGACCCAAGCUACAAAAUGGAGGGGGGGAGUCGCACCAUAGUGAUGCCGAGGAAGAGGAGGAAGAGGAGGAAGAGGAGGAGGAGGAGGAGGAGGAGGAGGAGGAAGAAGAGCAGGAAGACCUGGAGGAGAGUGGCCUGGAUGGGAACGAGGAAGAGGAGGACAGAGGGGAGGAAGGGUCUGACAGCGAGGAGGACUUGGAGGAGUCCGUGUCAGAUUCUGAGGAGAAAGAGACCUUCCAGGCGGACCUGGCGGACCUGACGUGUGAGAUCGAGAUCAAGCAGAAGCUGAUCGACGAGCUGGAGAACAGCCAGCGGCGGCUGGCUCUGCUGAAGCUGCAGUACGAGGAGAAGCUGAUCCUGCUUCAGAACAAGAUCCGCGACACGCAGCUGGAGAGGGACCGCGUGCUCAACAGCCUCAUGUCCAUGGAGAACUACACGGAGGAGAAGGCCAAUAAGAUCAAGGAAGACUACGAGAAGCGGCUGACGGAGAUGAACAGGGACCUGCUGAAGCUCCAGACUGCUCAGAAAGAACAUGGCCGCCUGCUGAAGAACCAGAGCCGCUACGAACGGCAGCUCAAGAAGCUGCAGGCCGAGGUGUCGGAAAUGAAGAAAGCCAAGGUGGCGCUGAUGAAGCAGAUGAAGGAAGAGCAGCAGAGGCGCCGUAUGAUUGAAGCCAAGAGGAACCGAGAGAUCGCUCAGCUGAAGAAGGAACAGCGCCGCCAAGAGUACCAGAUCCGGGCCCUGGAGUCUCAGAAGCGGCAGCAGGAGCUGGUCCUCCGGAGGAAGACCCAGGAGGUGACGGCCCUGCGCAGGAUGUCCAAGCCCAUGUCGGACCGCGUGGCCGGGAGGGUGGCCCGGCGCCUCCAGCCCCUCGACUCGGGGGCCGAGCUGUCCGCCAGCACCACCUCCUCCGAGCCCGAGUCCGCGCGCACGGUCUCCAGCAUCGUGCACCAGUGGAACAGCAAGCUCAGCAGCUGCCCCAGCCAGAGCCAAAAUGGCGUCAACGGCUCCCAGUUGAAUGGCAAGCUCAGCGGCUGCCCCAGCGAGAGCCAAAAUGGCGUCAACGGCUCUCGAGCCACCUGCAGGAAGAAGUUCCAGAGGAACGGGGUGGGGGGUGCCUUGCCCAAAACAGCGCGUCAGAAGUGGCAGGCCUUGGAGCGGAGAGUCACGGACAUCGUCAUGCGGAGGAUGACCAUCGCCAAUGUGGAGGCUGACAUGGAGAGGCUUAUCAAGAAGCGCGAGGAGCUGACGGCCCAGCAGGAGGUGCUGUUGCUGAAGCGGGAUGGCCUGCUGGGCAAGGCCAGGGAGGAGGGCGAGCACCUCCUCCUGGAGGUGAACGAGGAGGUGGAGGCGCUCAACGCCAACCUGGACUACAUCAACGACAGCCUGGCCGACUGCCAGGCCACCGUCGUGCAGAUCGAGGAGACCAAGGAUGAGCUGGACUCGGUGGAUACCUCGGUGGUCAUCAGCUCCUGCUCAUUGGCUGAGGCUCGCCACCUCCUGGACCACUUCCUCAAGGCCUCCAUUGAAAAGGGACUACAGGUGGUUCAGAAGGAGGCCCAGAUCAGGCACCUGGAAGGCCAGCUCAGCCAGACGGACAUGAUUGGCCCAGCACAUAACCAUGUGAUCCUGGACUCGCCGCAGGAGAAGGCAGACAGUGUCCCAGACCUGCAGACUCUCACUCACAACCUGCACCCAGAGAAUGGCUAUGUCAGCACAGAUGAAGAGGUGUCUGAGUUCAGCCUGGCCUCUGAGGGCAGUCUCUCUCAGUCCUUCCGAUUGAAAGUCUCCAGCAGUCAGGACGACUUCAAGCUGAAGGUGGAGCCCAGGCUGUCGGCUCAGAUUCGGGCCGUGUCGGCAGAGUUCCUGUACCCCGCGUUGCAAGCCUCCAGCCGCCACAUGGCCAAGUCGCUGGCCUCCCUGACGGAGGUGCAGGAGAACGGGCGGUGCCGCUCCCAGCGCGAGGCCUGCCACCGCGCCAGCCUGCCCGUCCGCGGGAACACCUUUCCCAGGCAGUCCCGGGCCUCAAACGCCUCCCCUAUGAUGCGCAGGCAGUCCCAUGAUCGAGGGCUCCCUUCCAGACACUCUCUGACUCCGCCCGAGAUGAGCCCAACCCCUCCGUCCUCCCCCCCGCUCCGACCGCGGUCCGACCGCAACGUUUUCUCGCGGCUGACCAUCAACCAGAGCCAGGGCUCCGCGCUGGACAAGGGGGUGAUCAGCGCUGUUGGGGGGGUGAAAGGUGCCAGGACAGCCCCUCUGCAGUGUGUUUCAGUGGCGGAAGGACACUCCAAACCUGUGCUGUGUUUGGAUGCCACAGAUGAGCUGCUGUUCACUGGAUCCAAAGAUCGCACCUGUAAGAUGUGGAGCCUGGUGACGGGGCAGGAGGUGGUCACGCUGAGGGGCCACCCCAACAACGUGGUGUCCGUGAAGUACUGCGCCUCUUCCCGCCUGGUCUUCACCGUCUCCUCCUCCUUCAUCAAAGUUUGGGACGUCCGCGACCCCGCCAAGUGUGUUCGCACCCUCACGUCUUCGGGUCAGGUGAUCUCCGGCGAUGCGUGUGCCGGGGCCUCCGCCCGCACCGUCAUGGUGACGCACGGCGAGUGCCAGGUCAACCAGAUCGCCCUCAACCCGACCGGGUCAGCGCUGUACGCCGCUGCGGGGAACGCGGUCAGGACCUGGGACCUCAGCAGGAUGCAGGCCACGGGGAAGCUAACUGGGCACAUUGGGUCGGUGAUGUGCCUGACAGUGGGCCAGUCCACCGGAGGCAGAGACCAGGUCAUCACUGGCUCUAAGGACCACUACGUCAAGGUGUUUGACGUGGCAGAAGGUAUGCUGGGAAAUGUAGUCCCUGCUCAUAACUUUGAGCCUCCGCACUAUGACGGGAUCGAGUGCCUAGCUAUCCAGGGUGACGUGCUCUUCAGUGGCUCCCGGGACAAUGGCAUCAAGAAGUGGGAUCUGGAGCAGCGGGAUCUCAUUCAGCAAAUCCCCAAUGCGCACAAAGACUGGGUCUGCGCCCUGGCCCACGUCCCGAACCGAUCCAUGCUCCUCAGCGGCUGCAGGGGGGGCACGCUGAAGGUGUGGAACGUGGACAACUUCACCCCUGUCGGAGAGGUUAAAGGUCACGACAGCCCCAUCAACGCCAUCUGCACCAACUCCAGGCAGAUCUUCACUGCCUCCAGUGACAUGUCUGUGAAGAUCUGGCUCGCCAAGGUGGGCAGGAAAAGGUGAUGGCACAUCCACCGGUCCGGGGAGGCUUGUCUCUACGUGAGAACCGUUGGAAGUGACUUCAGAGAAGAGAUGCUUCUCAUUUCAUUCCCAUGGACGGCAGAGAGCCCUAAAUGUGCUAGUUGCUUCCACAGCACUGAUUCUAUAGGCGCUCCAGCUACUCUUCCAGAAGGAUCUAUGGGUUGUAAGGGGAGGAGGUUCUGGUUGGGGCAACCUUGUGGCUAAGCUACAUGACUGGGACCUGGAACAUCCGUGGUUCAAGCCCCGGUGUAGCUGCUAUAAGCUAUGAGCACAGUUGUUGGGCCCAUGAGCAAGGCCCUUCACCCAGGGGCGAUUGUCCCCUGCUUAGUUGAAUCAACUGUCAGUCACUUUGGAUAAACGCAUCAGCUAAAUAACACGUUAUUAUAUUAUAUUAUUAAACAAUAAAUCCCAAUAUAGGACUGCAAUGUUAACAACACAGAGAUUAGUAUUUUGUCCAACGAGGUUUAUAAUCUUUCACUGAAACCUUUUUUUUUUUUUUUUUUUUUCAAGAAACAGUUAUAGUUUUUUUCCAGUUUUAUCACUGCCUGCGCUGUGACUCAUCGAGGUUGUGGCAAACUGUGGCGAGCGAUUGUCUCCAAAGACAAAGCCGUGAGAGAGCGUGGACGUGGGAUCUUUUCUUUACUCCCGUCGCUUUCACAAGUUUUCAAAG